AUGUCUGCUGUGAAGGAAACCAUUCGAUAUGACGCUGAGAAAAGACAACAGCGUGUGAACGAGCCAAGAAAGCAACAGCUGAUCCACAUCAUUGCGCUUGUUGCAUCUGGGUUUGCUUUGAUCUCUGAUGGGUAUCAGAACAAUGCGAUGUCGAUGCUGAACAAGUUGUUUCCUGAGCUGUACGGGUCCAAAGCGUACAGUUCUAAGGUUUCUACUCGGGUCUCGAACGCGUCUUUGGUCGGGACUAUCAUCGGGCAAGUUGGCAUGGGUAUUGGGUGUGAUUACAUAGGCAGGAAAUCGUCUAUUGUGUUUGGUACUGUUCUGUUGGUCGUUGGUAGUUUGUUAUGUGCGGCUUCGCACGGGAAGACCGUCGAUGGUAUGUUCUGGAUGCUCACGGUGAUGAGAGGCGUGGUCGGCGUUGGUGUCGGCUGUGAGUAUCCAUCUGCAUCUGUCAGUGCGAACGAAGCUGCUAAUGAAUACACUAGAAAACGCAGAGGUGGGCUGAUGGUCAUGGUCACUAACUUGCCUCUGUCGCUGGGAGGUCCGUUUGCAUCCAUUGUGUUCUUGAUCGUAUAUUCCAUUUGUGGUGAAAACCACCUGGAAGCCGUCUGGAGAACCAUGUUCGCAUUGGGCUGUUUCUGGCCGCUUUCCAUCUUUUACUUCCGCUGGAAGAUGGCCACCAAUGAACUUUACAAGAAGGGUAGAUUUCAAUCAAAGAUUCCGCUAUGGUUGAUCGUUAAGUUUAACUGGAAGAGUAUGCUUGGUACUUGCGGCGCUUGGUUCAUGUACGACUUCGUCACUUUCCCAAAUGGUAUCUUUAGUGGUACGAUCAUCGCCUCAGUCAUUGGUGACUCCAAGGACUUGAAAAAAAUUUGUGAGUGGAAUCUGUUGCUUGGCGUGAUUGCCAUUCCUGGAGUGUUCCUAGGUGCUUAUCUAUGUGACAGGAUUGGCCGUAAAUACACUUUGAUUUUCGGUUUCUGUGGUUACUUGGUAUUUGGUUUGAUCAUCGGCUGUGCUUAUGAACAGCUGUCCAAGAUUGUCCCCUUGUUCAUUGUCUUUUAUGGUAUCAUGAACAGUCUAGGAAACGCGGGACCUGGUGACAUGAUGGGCGUCACUUCUAGUGAAUCUUUCCCAACUGCCGUUAGAGGUACACUGUACGGUCUUAGUGCUGCCAUCGGUAAAGUUGGUGCCGUCGCGGGCACUCAGUCGUUUCAGUCUAUCAGAAAUAAGUUGGGACCUCGUUACACUUUCAUCAUUGCAGCCUGCUGCGGUAUCGCCGGUAUCCUCUUCGCCUGGAUUUUCAUCCCACACAGCCGUGAAGAGGAUCUCAUGGAGCUGGACAUAAAGUUCUACAAUUACUUGGUUGAGCAUGGCUGGCAAGGAACGAUGGGAUUCGACGCUGCAAAGGAUGACACGACCGUCUUCUAUGAAGAUGAGAACAGCAACCACACCGGGUUGAAGGCUGACGUGAACUCCGAAAAGAAGGAUGAAAACAUUACUACUAUAGAAUCUCGUAUCUGA